GUCACAGGGAGGGGUUUCCCCGGCAGCCCCGGGGCAGCCGCCCCGCCGGGGCAGUGCGCUGCGAGCCGCGCCGAGCCAUGACCUCCCGCAGGUGGUUUCAUCCCAACAUCAGCGGAAUUGAGGCAGAGAAGCUGCUCCUGACUAGAGGUGUCCAUGGCAGCUUUCUGGCUCGACCCAGUAAGAGCAACCCAGGAGAUUUCACUCUCUCUGUCAGGAGAAAUGAUGAGGUGACACACAUUAAGAUCCAGAACACUGGGGAUUACUAUGAUCUGUACGGAGGUGAGAAGUUUGCUACCCUUGCAGAGCUGGUGCAGUACUACACCGAGCAGCAGGGGCUGCUGCGGGAGAAGAACAGCAACGUCAUCGAGCUGAAGUACCCUCUCAACUGCCAGGACCCCACCUCGGAAAGGUGGUACCAUGGUCACCUCACUGGCAAGGAGGCAGAGAAGCUUUUGACAGAGAAGGGGAAACCAGGGAGCUUUCUGGUACGGGAAAGCCAGAGCAAACCAGGAGACUUUGUACUGUCGGUGCUGACGAAUGAGGAUAAGAUGGAGAGUGGAGACCGCAAACCCCACGUGACCCAUGUGAUGAUCCACUACCAGCCAGAUGGAAAGUAUGACGUUGGAGGAGGAGAGAGGUUCGACACGCUCACAGACCUGGUGGAGCACUAUAAGAAAAACCCCAUGGUGGAGAAGUCUGGAGCUGUGGUUCAUCUGAAGCAGCCGUUCAAUGCCACACGCAUCAAUGCAGCUAACAUUGAGAACAGAGUGAAGGAGCUGAACAAAAUGGCAGAUCACAGCGAGAAGGCCAAGCAGGGCUUCUGGGAAGAGUUUGAGAUGCUGCAGCAGCAAGAGUGCAAGCUCCUCUACCCCAGGAAGGAGGGACAACGACCAGAGAACAAGGCUAAGAAUCGCUACAAGAACAUUCUUCCCUUCGACACCACUCGGGUGGCACUGCGAGAUGUAGAUGAGAGCGUGCCUGGGUCAGACUACAUCAAUGCCAACUAUAUCAAGAGCAUCCCUGAAGAUGGAAGGAACUCGGAGCACUGCAAGAUCUAUAUAGCCACCCAGGGCUGCCUGCAGACGACUGUGAAUGACUUCUGGGCCAUGGUGUAUCAAGAGAACAGUCAUGUCAUUGUCAUGACAACCAAGGAGGUGGAGCGGGGCAGGAACAAAUGCUUCCGUUACUGGCCCGACCAGGGCUGCGCCAAGGAGUACGGGUGCGUCUGUGUGCGGAACGUGAGCGAGAGGGAGGCCCAGGGCUACUACCUGCGGGAGCUGGAGAUCUUGCGCUCUGACAGGGACGAGCGCCCGAGGCUGGUGAAGCACUAUCAGUAUUUCAGCUGGCCAGACCACGGGGUGCCCAACGAACCAGGGGGGGUUCUGAGCUUUCUGGACCAAGUGAAUCGGGCACAGCGAAGCAUUCCAGACACGGGGCCGAUCGUAGUGCACUGCAGUGCUGGAAUAGGACGCACGGGCACCAUCAUAGUGAUAGAUAUUCUGGUGGAUAUUAUUCACAGGCAAGGUUUGGACUGCGAUAUCGACAUCCCCAAAACCAUCCAGAUGGUCCGCAGGCAGCGUUCGGGCAUGGUGCAAACAGAGGCACAGUACAAGUUUGUUUACAUGGCCGUUCAGCAGUUCAUUGAGGCUGAGCAGAAGAGGUUGGAAGAAGAGCAGAGGAGUAAAAGGAAAGAGCGAGACUACUUGAACAUCGGCUACUCUCCUAUGGAAAAAGGCAGAGCCAAAGGGCAGCCCCCCUCACCGCGGACCCAGUCUGUGGUUGACGAUGAGUCAGCUUCCGUCUACGAGAACCUCAACAUCAAAAGCCCAAAGGUUUCGGGAAUGAGUAACAUGGGGCGAUAAGGGAGCCGGAGGUGAGCUGUAUGGAGGCUGUACAGGAUUUACAGUGUUUACGUCCACCCUUUCCAAGUUCUGCGAUCACGGACAAUUUGUUUUGCCUGUCUUGCCUUCCCCAAGCACCUUGGAUUCAGCGAGGAAGGAAGAAGCUGACUGUAAGAAGCAAGCGGAGUCUGUGCCUAAGAACACGCCUUGACCUAACUUAUUCACGAGAAGGAUCUUCUCUCGUUCUCUCCUGUUAUCAGUAGGUUGAUAUUUAUGCGGAAGAGCCUCUGGACAUUCAUUAGGGCAUCAAGGCUCAGUUUUAAUUCUUUUUUUUCUUUUUUGUUUUUUUUUUUAAUUUAAGAUUCUUAUUUUUUACACAGAAAUUGUUAAAAGGAAUGGAAAUGGUUGCUUGCUUAGGAGCUUUCCCAGGGCUGCCCGCUUCGGGCGUUAGCAAAACGUUAGUACACUUUAAUGUUUUCAUUAGGUCAAUCAUUUCUAAACUGGAAGUGUUUUUAGACUGAAUCCUGGAGUAACUUUGCCUGUGAGGGUGAGAAAUAGAGAGCACUGCCUGGCCCCAGGUAUUUGCACCUCGGUCAAUUCUUCUCACACUUUUGGCUGUACCAGUUCUUGAUUUCUGCCAAAGCUCACCGAGCAGUCCCUGCUGCUGUCGUUCGGCGUGAGAGCCCGCUAGCUGCUCUGCACGUGGGUUUGACAGCAGAACUGGGAGACAGAGGUGAGCAUCUUCAUCUCUGUGUGGGUCUGAGUGUUGAGCUAAGUGAGCUCCCACCCAUCUGCGGGGUGCUGAGGAGUAGGAGGGCAGCUUUGGCUGUGUGCUGUGCUUUUAGCCACCUCUAGUGAGUAACAGCCUAGGAUACAGAGCUGAACCUUUUGAGCUGGGCCCCGCUGAGCUUGGUGCAGCUCUGCCGUUACCUCGCUGCGUGACCUCUUUUUUUCCCUGCAGCUCUAUAACAAGGCAAGUGUUGUGUCUGCUGAGUAGGGGUGUUGUAGGAGUGGUUGUGAUUUGACCAGUGCCUUGACAAUGAGUGUGUCAUUGAGUGGAGUAUUUCAGCUCGGUCAAUGAGUCUUGACUUGUGACCGCCAGUGCUUCCUGCUGUUCCAGCCCCAAGGCCUGCAAAUAGUCCUGCCAAAGAACGCCUUCCUGCAGGAUUCAUCGGUGUCUGAAAGUGCCUUGGCUCCAAAUGCCAGUGCCUGAACCUCCAGAGCGCGUGUCGGGCUGAUGUUGAAGUCCUCCUGGGUCUCUGGAAGGGGAUGGACUUGUUGCAUGGUUGGGGUGUCAGUGGCUGGAGUGCCGGCUCCGGGUGUGGAGCAGAAGGGGUUGAACAAAAGCACAAUGACAUACGUUGGCUGUAUUUCCUGCCUGGUCUUUCUGGCCCCUUGUCA